AUGGGAUCCAUAGAAACCCAUGUCGGCGAGACCCAAGCCAGAGAGAUCUACGCCAGCGCCAUCCAUUUCGACGGCCUCAACAUCUGCAACUGGUCUCGUGAGAUUUUCCAAAGCUGGCAUAACGGCGGCAUCACCGGUGUGUCUUGCACCUGUGGUUUGUGGGAAGGCCUCCGUGGUAGCCUGGCCAAUUUCGUGCAAUGGAAGACAUGGUUUGAGCAGCACAGCGAUUUGAUUGUCCAGGCUCAGAGCGUUGCGGAUAUUCGCGGGGCUAAGAAAGACGGCAAAACCGCUGUGCUUCUGUCGUGGCAGAAUCCGGCGGGCAUCGAGGACCAGUUGACGUAUCUGAGGGUGUUUCAGGACCUGGGUGUCAGGAAGAUGCAGCUCACUUACAAUACACAGAACUACUCUGGCGCCGGAUACACUGAGCUGCACGACUCUGGGCUCACCGGAUUCGGUCGAGAGGUCGUCGACGAGAUGGCGAGAUUGUGCAUCGUUGUUGACUUAAGCCACGUCGGGCCCAAGACCAGCGAGGACGCCAUCAACUACUCCCCUACAGACAAACCUCCCUGCUUCUCUCACAUUCUUCCCGGUGGGCUCAAAGAUCACCCUCGCAACAAGAGCGACCACCUCAUCAGGCUCAUUGGCUCGAAAGGAGGUUUCGUCGGUCUUUCGCAAUUCGGGCCUCACAUGAAGAGAGGCAACGACAGCACGGUCGAUGACUAUGUCGAUGCUCUGGACUACGUCAUUAGCCUCAUCGGCGAAGAUCUAGUUGGCAUUGGGUCGGAUGCUAGUGAAGGUCAUGGUCGGCCGUCCGAGUUUAUGGCAUGGUGUAACAAAGACAAAGGCUACGCUCGCCAGUUGACGCCAUGGGGCAGUCAAAAGGUCGUCAAGCCACUCGGUCUGCUGAAAGACCGCGCAGAGUUGGCCUGUGCAAUGGCGAGAAAGGGGUGGAGCGAGGCGAAGAUGCGGAAGGUGCUCGGUGAGAAUUGGCUGAACUAUCUAGAGAGGAUCUUUGGCCAAUAG